AUGGAACACACAACCCGCAAGAAGCCCGCAUAUAAGACUACAGUUUCACUGAAUGGCCAGCAACUAAGAAUGGAAGUUGAUUCUGGAUCAGCUUGUAGUUUGAUUAGUGAUAAUACUUACAAAAAGCUGUGGCCAAAUAACCCACCUCCACUGGUACGUACAGAUAGUAUAUUGUGGCAGUGGUCUCAGGCCCCACUCCAAGUGCAAGGUAAGAUCAAAGUUCAGGUUGAGUAUCGCCAUAUAAAGACUGCCUUAUCACUUCUUGUUGUUCGGGGUCAGGGUACUAGCUUGUUUGGAAGAGACUCGUUUGAAGCACUUGGAAUAGAAUUAACAGGGGUGCACAUAAUUCAGCAGCACCAUGUGACAGCUCUCCUGGAAAAGUAUGCAGAAGUGUUCCAGAAAAUCUGUGCAUGUAGAGGACCACCCAUUUCAAUUGAAGUGGACCCUACAGUUUCACCAAAAUUCUUUAAGGCUCGCCCUGUACCUUUUGCUCUUAAGCAGAGGAUUGAUGAGGCAUUAGAUGAUCUGGCUGAGCAAGGCAUUUUUGUACAAUGGGCAACACCCAUUGUCCCUGUCACAAAAGGGGAUGGAAGUUUAAGUAUCUGUGGUGAUUACAGAUGUACUGUUAAUACAGCAGUAAAACUUGAUGUUUAUCCUUUACCAACUGUUGCAGAGAUGUUCUCCACACUGGCAAGGGGUGUCAUUGUUACUAAAUUAGACCUUAAACAAGCGUACCAGCAGCUAGUUCUUGAUGAACCUUCAUCUGAGCUGUUAACAAUUAAUGCGCACAGGGGGCUGUACUGCGCUCAAUGGCUGCAAUUUGGGGUCUCUGCAGCUUUUGCCAUUUUCCAGCGUUUUAUGGAUACUCUGCUGGCAGAUAUUCUAGGUGUACAGCCAUACCUGGAUGACAUUUUAAUCACUGGGAAAACUCCAGAGGAGCACGAUGCACGUUUGGAGAAAGUGUUAUGUCAAAUCUCUGAAGUCGGACUUAGACUUCAAAAGGACAGAUGUGUUUUUGCUGCUACUGAAGUGGAGUUUCUCGGAUUCAGAGUAGAUAAAGAGGGCACCAUCCCACCAGUGAGAACCUGGAAGCUAUCAUGA